UUCAUGCUCUUUUGUUGGAUAAUCCAAACACAGAUUACAGGCAGUAAGAUUUUGGUCUUGCUGAUUAUUCUACAUGGAAGGAACCAUUGAUAAAGGGUAUGCUUUUCUCAUCUCUUGCUUCAUCCUUCUUUACAUAUUUGGAUUUAGCUUGGGGGAUUCUUUAACUUUUAAUCAGACGAUUAGAGAUGGGCAAACCAUAAUUUCUGCAGGGCGAAUUUUCGAAUUAGGAUUCUUCAGCCCUGAGGGUUCCAAUAACCGAUACGUUGGAAUAUGGUAUCAUGACCUUCAGCCACAAACUGUGAUCUGGGUUGCCAACAGGGAAUACGCACUUCCGGAUUCCUCUGGAAUUCUGACUCUGGGGAAGACUGGAAAUCUCCAGAUUUUGGGUGCAAAACAGAAAGCCAUUUGGUCCACAGAAACCUCAUCCGCCUCAAACAAUUUAACGGCGGUGCUUACGGAUUCGGGAAAUCUAAUGCUGAUUGAAAGGAAUCUCAGCAAUAUUCUAUGGCAGAGCUUCGAUCAACCCACUGACACACUUCUUCCCGGCAUGAAAUUAAAGGCAAACCUUGACGAUAAGCGAGUUCUACUACAAUCGUGGAAAAGCAUAAAUGAUCCAUCACCAGGAAACUUUGAGUUUGGCAUAGAUGUUUCUGAACUCAACUAUCAGCUAUCCAUGUGGGCAAGAAAUGUUUCAUACUGGAGGAGCGGUGCUUGGAAUCAUAGUGGCUUUUUCGAGGGGAUUCCUGAAGUGAACGAGCAUUACCUUUUCCACUUCAAGAUGAACACAGAUAACGAGCAGUUAUAUUUCACAUAUAUCUCAGACUACAGGUCAAGGAUGGUUGUGGACAUAAGCGGCCGGUUACAGUUUUACAUCUGGUACGAAAUGGGUGGACAAUGGAAAUUAUUCUGGUGGCAACCCACGAAUCGAUGCAACAUCUAUUCUACUUGUGGGUCAUUCGCUGUUUGCACCACCGACAUAAAUUCUGAAAUUGAUGAUGAUACUCUUAAUGAUCCCACAAAUUGUACUUGCCUGCAAGGGUUUGAGCCAAAUUCACCAAAGGAUUGGCAUUCCAGAAAUUGGUCCGGUGGAUGCAAGAGAAAGGUGCCAUUAUCCCGAUGCGGACAGGGGGAGGAUGGGUUCCUACUCUUGAAGUCGAUGCAAAUAGCGGAGGCGGAUGACUCCUUCGAAACGUCAACUAAAGAGAGCUGUGAAACAGAAUGUAGAAGCAACUGUGACUGUAGCGCUUAUGCUUGCACCGGGGGAAACAGUGCCGGCACUGUUCGGUGCCUAUUGUGGUUGCGAAAUCUGACGCACCUUCGGCCGGCGUAUUCCGUCCGAGAUGAGGGGAGCUACGACCUCUUCUUGCAUGUCGAUGCUUCACAAAUUUCAACUCGUAGUCGAAGGCGGCAGUGCGGGGACUGUGGUGGACAAGUCAUCCCAUAUCCCCUUAGCACCGAAAAGGAUUGUGGGGAUCCAGCCUAUGGCAGUUUUACUUGUUAUGGAUACCCGGGAACUCUUUCAUUCGAUACACCCAAUGUCUCUUAUCCAAUUAUCAACAUCACCGCAGAAAGCCGAACGUUGGUUAUCGGUAUUUCCUAUGAAUCUUCUUUUGCUUUUCUUUCCUAUGAGCGUUGUUACUCUAUGGAUUUCGUGUCUACAGACCUAAAACUGGAUCCUACCCAACCUUUUCACAUUACCACCAACAAUACCAUUCUGCUGGUAGAUUGUCCGACACACCUUCCCCCAUCGCCUUUGAAUUGCACUAAUUCUAAUACAUGCGACAAACUUAAGCAAGAUAAACAGGACCGCAAUUCUUGUUCAAUUAAUCAGCUUAGUUGCUGUAGUUAUGUCGCCGGGUAUUUGCCCUCAACAAUGUAUUCCAUCGGUAUAUCAAGCUUUGCUGGGUGCCGUAUGUAUACAAGCAUACUUGUCCCUGAUUUAGAGUCAUCAGCAUCAGCAGUAAGAAAUUGGUCAAGUGCAGUCGAAAUUGAGUGGGAUCCGCCAUCUGAGCCGUUAUGCUUUUUGAACGAGGACUGUAGGGAUUGGCCAAAUUCAGCCUGCAAUACAACAAAAUCAGCAAGGAGGUGCAUUUGCAAUGCGAAUUUCCAGUGGAAUUCAACAAAUGGGAGCUGCAUUCCUGCCGACAUACUUGCUAACGGCGGCUUGGAACAAAUCUCAAAUCACAAGAGCAUGUUGGCUGUGAUAAUUCCUGUGACCAUUGUUAUAGGGAUCCUCUUCAUUGGCGUCUGCAUUUAUGGUUUGAAGAAAAAGAUGAACAUACUAAGACCUCCUUUGCUUUUUGAUAAACUGGGAGAUGGCAAAGAAGACUUUGACGCGCCCAGUUUUGAUUAUCGAAGUAUAUUGUCUGCCACCAAUAAUUUCUCAGAUUCAAAUAAGCUUGGAAAAGGUGGUUUUGGAUCUGUCUACAAGGGUCAGUUACCAGGAGGACAAGAAAUAGCUGUAAAGAGACUCUCGAGGGGUUCUGAUCAAGGGUUAGAAGAGUUCAAGAAUGAGGUUACACUAAUUGCAAAACUUCAACAUAGGAAUCUCGUUAGACUGCUUGGCUAUUGCAUUCAAGGGGAUGAGAAGAUGUUGUUGUACGAGUACAUGCCAAACAAAAGUUUGGACUAUUUUCUCUUUGAUGAAAAUCGACGUACAUUAUUGGACUGGAGAAAGCGGUUUAGCAUCACCUUGGGAAUUGCCAGGGGCUUGUUAUAUCUUCAUCAGGACUCUAGACUAAGAAUCAUCCAUCGGGAUUUAAAAGCUAGUAACGUUCUUCUAGAUGAGGAAUUGACUCCAAAAAUCUCGGACUUUGGCAUGGCCAGGAUUUUUGGCGGAAAUCAAAUCCAAGCAAACACAAAUAGAGUGGUUGGUACAUAUGGUUAUAUGUCCCCUGAGUAUGCCUUAGACGGGACUUUCUCUGUGAAAUCUGAUGUUUUCAGCUUUGGGGUUCUGCUACUUGAGAUCAUAAGUGGAAAGAAGAACACUGGCUUCUAUAAAUCUGAGCAUACAUUAACCCUUCUAGGACAUGCAUGGAGACUAUGGAAGGAAAACAAAGGGUUGGAGUUGAUGGAUCCACAGCUAAAUAAAGCAAGCAAUGUCGAAGAGAUUUUGAAGUGCAUCCAUGUGGGACUUGUGUGUGUGCAAGAAGAUGCAACAGACCGACCAACAAUGGCUUCUGUUGUUGCCAUGCUCACUAGUGAGAUUGCAAAUUUUCCAACACCCAAGCAACCGGCUUUCUUCACAAGGACCACCUCCUCUACUGUCGUAGCUUCUUCAAGUGUGUCAGAAAGUUGUUCCACAAAUGAGGUAACAAUGUCCUUGGUGUCAGGAAGAUAGAGCUCAGAUGCAGUCCAUCGGCACCUGAAAAUCAAAACAAUUUCUUGAUGUAUGGUAUUGAAUAAGGGAUUAACUCUGUCUAACGGAUCGGAAAUUUCUGCAACAACAUUAUUUUAUUA